CCCGCCUCCAGGACGCGACGCGACAACGCCGGGACUUGUGAGCCGGAGGUCGCCGCCACUGCCUCCAGGGAACUCAGCUUCGGCGCGCCCCCAAAUCACGGACGCCGCGCCCCCACCCCGAGUCCCCGUGGGGCGGAGCUAGAGCCGGCCCCGCCUCUCCGUCCCCCGCGCUCUGGCCGGCGCGCCCCCGGCCCAACUGCGGCGCGUGACGCGGGGCGCACAGCUCCGGCGGCCACCGCGGGCGGGCGCAGACGGCCGAGACGGCCGGCUAACGGGCUGCAUGUCGGCGGCGGGGACUGCGGCGGGGCCGGCCGGGCCCGAGCCCAUGCCGAGCUACGCGCAGCUCGUGCAGCGCGGCUGGGGCAGCGCGCUGGCGGCAGCGCGGGGCUGCGCGGACUGCGGCUGGGGGCUGGCGCGCCGCGGCCUGGCCGAGCACGCGCACCUGGCGCCGCCCGAGCUGCUGCUGCUGGCGCUGGGCGCGCUCGGCUGGACCGCGCUGCGCUCGGCGGCCACUUCGCGCCUCUUUCGGCCCCUAGCCAAGCGGUGCCGCCUCCAGCCUAGAGAUGCUGCCAAGAUGCCUGAGAGCGCCUGGAAGUUUCUCUUCUACCUGGGCGCCUGGAGCUACAGCGCCUACCUGCUCUUCGGCACUGACUACCCCUUCUUUCACGACCCGCCCUCCGUCUUCUAUGACUGGAAGACUGGCAUGGCAGUACCACGGGACAUUGCGGUCGCCUACCUACUACAGGGCAGCUUCUAUGGCCAUUCCAUCUAUGCCACACUGUACAUGGACGCCUGGCGCAAGGACUCAGUGGUCAUGCUCGUCCACCACGUGGUCACCUUGGUCCUCAUUGUCUCCUCCUAUGCCUUCCGGUACCACAAGGUGGGCAUCCUUGUGCUCUUUCUGCAUGACAUCAGUGACGUGCAGCUGGAGUUCACCAAGCUCAAUGUCUACUUCAAGUCCCGCGGAGGAUCCCACCACCGGUUGCACGCCCUGGCUGCAGACCUGGGCUGCCUCAGCUUCAGCCUCAGCUGGUUCUGGUUCCGCCUCUACUGGUUCCCGCUCAAGGUCCUAUAUGCCACGAGCUACUGCAGCCUGCGUUCAGUGCCUGACAUCCCCUUCUACUUCUUCUUCAACGCACUCCUGCUGUUGCUCACCCUCAUGAACCUCUAUUGGUUCCUGUACAUCGUGGCUUUUGCUGCCAAGGUGCUGACGGGCCAGGUGCGAGAGCUGAAGGACGUGAGGGAAUACGACACAGCUGAGGCCCCGAGCCCCCAGCCCCACAAAGCUGACCCCCAGCGGAAACUCCCAAAGGAUCAAAGAUGUCGAAGCAGAAGUACACGCUGUGAAAUCCACCAAGAGCUGAAAUGAGAGUGUGUGGUCCAGCCAUUGAACUAUAUGAGAAGCCAGGCACCCCACCUCUGCUCCAUCAAGAGGACCAACAGGCAAAGCCAGAAGAUAAAGGACAGAUGGGAGGUUCACAGAGGGCUUAUCUCUGAACUCACAGAUAAAGGGCUCCUGCAAUGGCCACAUGAGGAAGAAGCAGCCCACGGAAGAGUGGGCUGAGGGGGAGAUAUGUGCUCCCAGGAAGGGGUAUCCAGUGGCUCUGGCCCAAGGGAAGAGCGGAUUAAAGUGACAGAUCUCAGUCUGCAGGAAAGUCUUUCUGUUUUUCUGCGGGAGAGUCUCUGAACUAGAGUGCUCUGCAAACCAAAGGGACACAGGGAGCACCAAUGAGCCUGUGCUAGUUUCUGUGUUGGGAUACACAGGAGUCAGAAACAAUGGUAGAUCCCCCAGGAGUGUGUCAGGUGAACAGUGAGUUUUCUCUGCUUUCUGAUGUCUAGAUCGUGAGAACAUAGUAUUGGCUCAAAAAAUUUAAUAUGUUUGUAUGUAAAUUAGACUGCAGCAAAGAGACUGAUGGACCAUGUGCAAAGACAUGAAGGAUUCCUUUAGGUGUUCCCAUCGUGGCUCAGUGGUUAACAAAUCCGACUAGGAACCUUGAGGUUGUGGGUUUGAUCCCUGGCUUUGCUCAGUGGGUUAAGGAUCCUGCG